AUGUCUGAUUCCAACACCAGCGGCAAUAACCUCCCAGCCACUAUCUUCCUGACAGGGAUUCCAGGGCUGGAGUCCUUCCACAUCUGGAUUGCCAUCCCCUUUUGUGCUAUGUAUCUCACAGCACUGAUUGGGAAUGCCACGCUCAUCCUCGUCAUUAUGACCGACAGAGCUCUUCAUGCACCCAUGUAUCUCUUCCUUUGCCUUCUGUCACUCACCGACCUGGCUCUCAGCUCUACCACUGUGCCCAAGAUGCUGGCCAUUUUGUGGCUGCGUGCUGGUGAGAUCUCCUUCAGUGGAUGCCUGGCCCAGAUGUUUUGUGUCCAUUCUAUUUAUGCUCUGGAGUCCUCUGUUCUUCUUGCCAUGGCCUUUGAUCGAUAUGUGGCUAUCUGCAACCCACUGAGAUACACGACAAUUCUCAACCAUACAGUUAUAGGAAGAAUCAGCAGCAUUGGAAUAUUCCGCAGUGUGGCUAUUGUCUUUCCCUUUAUCUUCUUGCUGAGGAGAUUGCCCUACUGUAAGCACCAUGUCAUGGCACACACAUACUGUGAACAUAUGGGCAUUGCCCGACUGGCAUGUGCUAACAUCACUGUCAAUAUUGUCUAUGGAUUGACUGUGGCUCUGCUGGCCAUGGGUCUGGAUUCUAUACUCAUUGCCAUCUCCUAUGGUUUUAUCCUCCGUGCUGUGUUCCGUCUCCCAUCCCAGGAUGCCCAGCACAAGGCUCUGAGUACCUGUGGUUCACACCUGAGUGUCAUCCUGGUGUUCUACAUCCCUGCCUUCUUCUCCUUCCUCACUCACCGUUUUGGUCACAAUCGAGUUCCCAAGCAUGUGCACAUCUUUCUGGCAAACCUCUAUGUGCUGGUGCCUCCCGUUCUCAAUCCUAUUAUCUAUGGAGCUAGAACAAAGGAGAUUCAGAGUCGACUUUCAAAACUGCUUCACAUGAGGAAGAUGUCGACAUAA